GUCACGACUAAUCCCAUCUCAAACUUGCCGCUGUCGACCCAGGGUCUCUCCCUGCUUAAACGAUCGACUAGUUCGGAUAGAACGAAUCCCGAGUCUCAAGACAUGCCCAAGAAGCUCGUCCUUGUCACGGGCGCGACAGGAAAACAAGGCCAGGCGCUCAUCCGCGCUCUCUCCUCGGACCCAGAAUUUCAUGUUUGGGCCCUGACACGCGCACCCACGUCCCCGACGGUGACCCAACUCAAGACGGCCUCUCCGCAUGUGACUGUCGUGCACGGCAAUCUCGACACAGCCAACUCAAUCCGCAAAAUCUUCGACGACGCGAAAGCGAGUGAGUUCGGUGGGGUGUGGGGUGUUUUCGUCGUACUGGCGUUCCCAGGACUCGGGGCUAACGCGGACGGGGAGGAGCGGCAAGGGAAGACAUUGGCGGAUCUUUCUGCCGAGUACCAGGUGUCCUGCUUUGUAUUCUCGUCUGUGGAACGAGGCGGAGAAUACAAUGAUGAUAACGCUGUCCUCGAUCGAAGAGCAAAAGUCAUGAUCGAAAGGCACAUAAAGCAGCUCGGCAAUUUGAAAAGCUUGCCUUGGACAAUCUUGCGACCAGGCUUCUUCAUGGAAAACUAUGACGGAACCAUCGGCUCGAUCGCUGUCGGGGUGAUGAAGAAGGGUUUGAAGCCGGACACAACGAACCAGCUUGUGGCCGUGGAAGAUAUCGGACGUGUCGCGGCAGCUGUGUUCAAGAACCCUUCAGAGUAUCGAUCAAAGAUCCUCGUUGUCUCGGGAGAAGCGGCAACAAUCUCCCAACAACUGGAGUCGUACAAAAAAGCAACAAGAAAGAACCUUCCCUCCGUUGCAGGCUUCUUCGCGAAAGCGCUGAUUUCCUUGAACUCGGAUACUAAGGGCCUCAUCGCUGACAUCGAGCGAGUGCACGCAGCUCGCAUCGAGGGUCUCUGCCCCGAAGUUGCUGAGCAAACAGCGUUGGCGAAAAAAGCCUACCCGGACAUGCAAACGUUCGAGAUAUGGGCUCGGAGUCGCGCCGGUGUGUCAAAAUCGCAGAAGGCUAAUUGGAAUCAAUUGUCCGUAACGAAGUUGGCUGGGAUGUGAUUUGUCAUUUAAAUUUGGAUAUUUGGAUGAUAGCAGGCAGUGAUGCACUAUGCCAUUAGACACAAGUUUCGUCUGUUUAUCCCACAGUCUCAUUUCGAGCCGGGAAAUCCUUCAAUGUCUUGAGUAGAGUUGGUCGGUUCAAUCAGGUACGUUCUCUCCCCGGG